UAUAAUACACAAACGAAAAACUUAGAAAUUACACAAUGGCUCUAAGUCUUUUCGGUGGCCGCAGGAGCAACGUGUUCGACCCUUUCUCUCUUGACAUUUGGGAUCCUUUUGAAGGCUUCCCAUUCACCACCACGGUUGCUAAUGCACUCUCAUCUGCACGCGACACCUCAGCCAUUGCCAACACCAGAAUUGACUGGAAGGAGACCCCGGAAGCUCACGUCUUCCAGGCUGAUCUUACAGGGCUAAAGAAGGAGGAAGUGAAAGUCGAGGUUGAAGGCGGAAGUGUUCUUCAGAUAAGUGGAGAGAGGAGCCAAGAGAACGAGGAGAAGAAUGAUAAGUGGCACCGCGUUGAGAGGAGCAAUAAAGAUAAGGUAAGGUAA